AUGGAUCCAAGCAUCCAGCGAGCUUUGAAUGACAAGCUGUACGACAAGAGAAAAGUCGGAGCGCUCGAUCUUGAGCGAGUGAUUCGAGAUCUUGCUGCAGCAAAAGAGUUUGAUCGGAUUAAGAAGAUCAUUCAACAGCUUUGCAAUGAUUUUGCUUACGCGGUGCACCAGCCUCAUGCCAGAAAUGGCGGCUUGAUAGGUCUUGCGGCGGCGGCAAUUGCCUUGGGUCCAGAAUUAGCACGAUAUCUGGAUGAGAUUGUACCACCAGUACUAGCGUGCUUUACAGACCAAGAUGCUCGGGUACGCUAUUAUGCGUGCGAAAGCAUGUACAACAUUGCAAAGGUCGCAAAAGGUGAAGUCUUGCCUUAUUUUAACGAUAUAUUUGAUGCUCUAUGCAAGCUGGGUGCGGAUUCAGAACUGUCCGUGAAAAAUGGUGCAGAAUUAUUGGACCGACUCGUCAAAGACAUCGUUUCGGAAUCCGCGGCUACUUAUGUCUCGGUUCUUCAUACCUCUGAUGAAUCUGUCGUUGAGGGUGACAAGGAAUCACCUGACGAAUCUGUUGACCUUCCCACAGCCUUUUCGCUGGCUGAUUUUAUUCCACUUCUGAAGGAGCGGAUUUAUGUGAUAAACCCAUUCACCAGAACGUUUCUUGUUGGCUGGAUCACCCUUCUAGAUUCUAUACCGGAUCUAGAACUUGUAACAUACUUGCCUGAGUUUCUUGGUGGACUAUUCAAAUUUCUUAGCGACCCAAAUCGUGACGUUCAUGUUGCUACGCAAGGUGCUUUGGAGCGAUUCUUGAAUGAGAUAAAGCGUAUUUCGCGUAUCAAAAAAGGAAUUGCAGAAAGCCGCAACGCAAGGAGUGAAGGGAAAAGGAAACGCUCUGGGUCUAUGGAAAGCGAAGCAUCAGUUCCUCCAGAGGCUGAAGGAGACGAAGAUUCUGUGACUGCUGCGGAUGAAAAGUCUGUCAGUAGCGAUGAUGACUGGGUUCCUGGCCAAGAUGUUGCAGUCAACCAUAAGGAUAUUCUCGAAAUCCUGACGGCGAACCUUGAUGCUCCACUGGAAGAGGAUAGUUUACAAGAAUCUUUACGCUGGAUUGUUGAGUUCCUCGAUAUAGCCCCAGAAGAGGUUCUACCAUUUGCUCCGAAAAUACUUGCCCAUCUACUACCCGCCAUGGCAAGCGGUGUAGAGCCCAUUCGGCAAGCAGCUGCUCGAGUAAAUACGUCCUUAAUGGACUAUGUGGUUUCUCUCUCGGAUGAAGCAGGAACACCAGAACCAACACCAACGGUACCUUCAAAAAUCCCAACGACGGCGCUUAAAGAAAACCAGGAGCGGAGAGACUCUUCGACAAACACACGUGGCUCUAUUUCAGGUGCGAAAGAACCAGACCGACGAGAAUCUGAAGUACAGACCCCUCCACCACCUUAUAACAAAGCUCCUACCCCAACUCCACCUCCGGUCAGACCUCAGGUUGAUCUCGACUACGCUGCGGCUGUCAACUCACUGACCCUACUCUUCUUGAAUGAUCAUGAAGCAACUCGAGUUGCGGCUUUAACGUGGUUACUUAUGCUUCAUAAAAAGGCGCCGAAAAAGGUGCUAGCCAUCAAUGAUGGUACAUUCCCUGCCUUGCUCAAAACUCUGUCUGAUCCCGCUGAAGCGGUCGUUACUCGUGAUCUCCAACUGUUGUCUCAGAUCUCCAGAAACAGUGGCGAUGAUUACUUCACAUCCUUCAUGGAAAACUUGCUUCAACUAUUCUCAACAGAUCGGAAACUUCUCGAGACGCGCGGAAAUCUAAUCAUCAGACAGCUGUGCGUUAGUCUAAGUCCAGAACGAAUCUACCGUACACUAGCAGACUGCAUUGAAAAAGAGGAAGAUGUAGAAUUUGCUAGCAUUAUGGUCCAGAACCUCAACAACAAUCUCAUCACAGCUCCCCAGUUGGCGGAUCUCCGCAAACGGUUACGGAAUCUCGAGACCAAAGACGGCCAGACCUUCUUCGUUGCCUUGUUUCGAUCAUGGUGCUACAAUGCGGUGGCCACUUUCUCACUAUGCUUGCUUGCUCAGGCUUAUGAGCAAGCUUACAACCUUCUACAGAUAUUUGCGGAACUUGAAAUGACAGUGAAUAUGCUGAUUCAGAUCGACAAAUUGGUCCAAUUACUUGAAUCCCCUGUUUUCACUUAUCUACGACUACAACUUCUCGAACCAGAGAAACACCCACAUCUCUACAAAUGCCUCUACGGACUGCUAAUGCUUCUACCGCAAUCAGCCGCCUUUGCAGCAUUAAAGAACAGACUUAAUAGUGUGAGUGCGAUAGGCUACCUGCAUAUCGCACCUCGAGCGUACGUAUCUCAAUCUCGUAGUAAUAGUGUCGUCGAAGCUCUUUCCUCUCUCCAACUCCAUACCCGUCAGAAGAGCAGUGAAGCUCAUUCCUCCUCAUUUAGCGCACCUGCAAACGCGGGCCAAUCAAACUUUGACAGAUCUAGUCGGCUGAAGGGCAGAGACGAGGGCGGCAUCCGCUGGAACGAACUCCUGGAGAAAUUCAAGAGCGUGCAGGAAAGGGCGAGGAGGGCGCAGAGGCCCGGUGGGGAGCUGGAUGAUGGAUUGGCGAUGCUGGAUGGACGGUUGGGUGAGGGGGUUGAUGGGAAGGCUUAUAAAGAGUUGAGUCGAUUGCAAGGUCCGCCGCUGCCGCUCAAAGACAAUCCACCAGCUGUACAGGCUGGGAAAAAACCAACUCUGGGGAAGUUUGGGAGACUUGGUGGUGCGGUUGGUGGAGCAAGGCCAAAGAGAUGA